AUGUUAAACGGGACAGACAAGGGGGGGCCUUCUAUCCAAUCGUCCCCAGUGAAAGUGUCCCCCUCGCCUGUGAGAGCGUCAUCAAGCCCCGUGCGAGCGCCGCCGUCGCCUUUAAAAUCCUCGUUGUCCCCAGCGGGGAAACAAAGGUCACCGAGGAGAUGCCAGUUUGCCCCUCCGGUAGAAGACGCAAGGGAUAAGUGUGGUGCUUCCUGGCUUUGCCGCCGAGGUGCUGGCGCUGAAGGUGUGGAAGAGGCGGUCAGAUCAGAGUUACCUGGCCCCAGCGCACCGUUGCCCCAGGGAUGUGAGGAGUCUGCCCCGCCUCCGAAGAACUGCUUUAGACUGGUUAUGUUGGGGUCAGCCCGCGUGGGCAAAACGUCCCUGGUAGCGAGGUUCCUGGGCACGAAGUUCGAGGACAGCUAUACGCCCACCAUAGAAGACUUCCACCGCAAGCUGUACCGGAUCCGUGGAGAGGUGUACCAGCUCGACCUGCUCGACACUUCGGGUAACCACCCGUUUCCUGCUAUGAGGAGACUCUCUUUUUUGACUGGUAGGUAA